GGGAUAUGUGUUCGUAGCUAUAAAGAGUUUGUCAGAUAUAAAUUGUUGGGUGUGGUUGAUCGCAAAGGGAUAUAUCAAGAACAAAACAUUAGAGAUGGAGCAACAUUUGACCAAUCCAAGGAUUCAAGCCCAUAAGGAAGAAGAACAAGUUCAUGAGUCUGAUAAUGUUGUUGGUUCUUUUCCUUCUUCAUGUUCUUCUUCCUCUUCUCUUAGUGGAAUUUCAAGUGGGUCAUCGUUAGAAUCGGAUUCUUUUGAAGAAGUAACCUCCCCAGCUUCUUCUUCAUCGUCAUCUGAUCCGUUGAGUGACAUGUCGUCUUUGUUUCAACAACUUCCCAUCAAGAGGGGGCUUUCAAAAUUCUACCAAGGAAAGUCACAAUCUUUCACAUCAUUGACAAAUGUGAGGAGCUUGGAGGAUCUUGCAAAGCCAGAGAACCCUUACAACAAGAGGUUGAAGUCUUGCAAGAGCUAUGGUGGAGGGUUGAGUGAGAAGCAUAGAACAAAGUGCAACAAUCCUAAAUCUAUUUCAAAGAGGGGAACGAUGAAUUCACCAACUUCAAGGGGUUCAUGUUCUUCCUUGAGGAGGCCACCAAUCCCUCCUCAUAGAUCCAAUAGCACCAUCCCUAGUCAAACAGUGUUGUUUGCUUGAAAGAAAUUGUGUGAUUUUUUUGUUCUUGAAUUAAGAUUUUUGCUUUGAUUUGCGGGGUAUCACAUGAUGUAGAUUAAUUAAUUUCAUUCAGAGAGGAAAAAUGAAUCCCAUGGGUGGAACAUGUUUACACCUAAGCUCAAUUUUAUUUUUUUUAAUUUUUAUAUUGCGAUUCACAUGUGCAAUUGAUCAAUGUUAUAUGAGAUUGUAGCCCAAACGGGGAAAAUCAAUUCAGGGUG